UAGCUGGAUGUCAUCCUUCAGAAGUGUUCUAUGAUCAGGCUUAUUCUAGUUUUUGCUCUGACAUUUUCCAGUUAGUUUGACAUGAAGGCUGAUGUGUUGCCUGGCUGUGCAGGUAUGAUGACUGCACACAAAACAGGAGCUGAGUCUUCCUCCCCGCGCAGUUCUGACGAGUUAAAGGAGCUGGGAGGAGGAGGAGGAGGAGAGAGAAGAAGGGAUGACAAGGAGAGUCAGAGCAAGGAGAGAGGGAGAGGAGGAGGAAGAGGCAGCACUUCCAGCUUCCCCUCCGACAUUCCUGCCUCCUUCAGUUUCAGCGGAGCAGCAGCAGCGGGAGGAGCGCAUCGGUCAGAUCCGGUUCGCUUGGAUUGAUCUCGAAAGGGGAACGGAUACAGGAUCCCAGAGAGAAGACACGUGAGGAGAAGUCGUCUCCGAGAAUCCGAGACUCCGUGAAGCCGUCUCCACCUGCCCGCGCGCUCUUGUCCUCUCUUUUCUCCCGGGAUAAACGUGCGUAAUUUUUUAGCUCCUUUACGCAAAGGUGACGCGGAGCCGGAGACGCUCGGAUACGGUCCUGGAAACACGAUGCUGAUCGGUACAUCGGCCCAGGGCAACCCCCUCCUUGCCUCCCUCCCAGUCCCAGGACGGCCGCUGCAGCCUCAGCUCGACCUCAAACACCUCCUACCCUUCAGGCUCAAUGGGUCGUCCCCCCUCAGCCUCUUCCCCAACUUUAACACGAUGGACCCUGUCCAGAAGGCUGUGAUCAACCACACAUUUGGUGUCCCUCAGCCACUCAAAAAGAAACAGAUCAUCUCCUGCAACAUUUGCCACCUGCGCUUUAACUCCACGAACCAAGCAGAGGCUCACUAUAAAGGCCACAAGCACGCCCGCAAACUUAAAGCCAUGGAGGCUCAGAAGAAUAGGCAGCGACGAGCCACGGAGGCCUCAUCCACGGGAAGAGAACGAGACAAGAGCAAGACAUCCAACGACACAUCUCUUCCUGCACUCAUGGAUCCGAGCUCAGAGAAGGAAACAAGUCUUCAGUCUGAUCUAGAACCAGCUAUCAUGGAGGGAAGGCUGGACGAGAGUCCCAGGAGCUCCGCCAUGCUGACUCCAGUGUCUGAGGUCUCCUCCAUGGAGCUGGUCACCCUUUCCCCUCCUCAGAUUUCACCUUCCUCUCAGCUCUCUGAGACAGUAUCAGACACCAGCACAGCGGAAGUCACAGAGGUCAUUGAGGUCACAGAGACUGUGGCUCUGACCAGUGAGUCAGGUAGCCUUGCUGCAGAGCCAUCCACAAGAAAUGAGGAGUCACGCACAGAAGUCAACAAAGACCCCAAAAAGAGCAAAGCUCACCUUCACUGUCCUGUUUGUAAAGUCACUGUCAACUCUGUCUCCCAACUGGAAGCACAUAACAGUGGUACAAAGCACAAACUGAUGCUGGAGGGUCACAGUGUUCUGCCACGACGCCGGGGGAAGGUGGUGGCAGCUCGAGCCGGCUGCAAGAGCAAGAGGCUGGGCAGCAAAGGCAGCGUUGGGGUCCCCAGCAAGAACUUCCAGUGUGAAGUGUGUGAGAUCUUUGUGAACUCUGAGGCCCAGCUAAGCCAGCACAUGAACAGCAGAAGGCACAAGGAUCGUCUGGCUGGAAAACCACCCAAACCCAAAUUCACCCCCCACAGCAAGAGCCAGCCGAGCUCCGGCCUAGCGAACAUCAGAUGGAGUGGCUAUGCAGGCAUGGCUGUGUCCACCAUGAAGAAAGCCUUCACCCAGUGCAACCUCACCACCCUCUCCUCACAGACCAAACUGGCCUUGCACAAGCAGCUGACCAAGAGUUUGACAACUGGCUUCCUGCCCAGCCCCCUCACCCCACCAACUCUGUGCACACUGGCGACAAAUCCGUUGGCUCUGCGCCACCCGGUGGGCACCACCACCUUCAUCCAGACACCAUUCCUGGGCCCCGCACUGUUUCGGCCUGCUCCGGGGCCGCUGCGGGCCACGCACACACCCAUCAUUUUCUCCCCCUACUAAGGACUUAACCAAGAUCCCAAUUAAACUCCAAAAACCCAAUCCCUUCACCAAAUCCUAAUCCAAGCCCCUCCUUUGGUGUGGCACACACAGCAAAGGUCACAUGCAAACUAUGCAGCCCACCAAACUUAAAAUGGGAUUACCCACAAGGCCUGAAGGCCUGAGAGCUCUUCUUAUCAUAAAGGCCAAGAUCCCCAUCAUGCCUUCGUUCUGCUCCUCUUAUAAUGACCUCAGGAGCAGAACCGGCCUCCAGACAGGGACUGGCUCAAUGAGGCCGAUUUUAUAGCCAUUUUAAGGGUCAACAUGGUUUAAAUUAUGGAUAUUCUUGUGUAAUUUAUUAGAGAAUAAAUAGUCUAGAUGUAUGUUUAGUGUGGUUGCCACAAAAUAAGGUCCCUUUACUUGAUGCUCUUAUAAGAAGUUUUUAACUUAAAUGUUUGGAGGUUUGGUGAGAAGUCAUUGUAGGUCUUUAAAGCAGCUGAACCCAAGCCAUAUGUGUAUGGCUGCACAAGCCAGUCUCACCGAUUAGUGUUUCUAGCUAACCAGCUCAUGGUGUUAUCUGUGAACAGCUCCUAGAACUACUACCAUGUCUUAACUUGAAGCCUCAGAAGGACAAAUGUGGCUCCUUGUACCUUUUUGCUACCAUUCUGUUCACCCAGUCCUUAGCUAACACUCGUCUGGUCCCUCCAGAUUGUUUUCCUCUCUUGUACUCGUUAAGGUCCAGAAAGGUCAGCUUGUCAACUUAGCUUUCUUUCAAUUUGCAAAUCUGUCAUGAGAAUGACUUUGUGCUCCAGUGCAUCAUUCAUGCAAUGCAAACUUGAGGGUUUUGCGCUUCCAAAGCUAGCGGCAUGAAAACAUUUUUGCAGCUGUGGAUGUCUUACCGCAAAAUGCCAUUCUCUCCCUCCCAUCCUGUCUGCUGUUUCUCCUUCCCUUUCACCUCAGUGUCGUCCUUGGUUUUCUCUGCCGUUAUCUCAGAGCGAGCUGAUGAGUCGACCCUCGCAUGACGGGAACACAGAAGAUAAUAACUUGGAGAUUUGAUUUGAUAAAAGUUUUCAAGACAGUGGGUGGGAGGGCUGCUCAGAAAUGACUGACAUCCCGUUGUGGCAUCUGCGCACAGCGUGGGGGGAUGCAAAGCACAGUGCCAUGGCAACCACAUUAAAAGCACCUUAAAACUGAUUCCCUUACAAAAGCAAUGAAAUUGUGUUAAUGUUCUGUUUCUCUUUGCUGUAAUUGUUGUCACGUCAGUUCUGACGGGGGUUUUGCUUUUGAGAGGAAAAACAAAAACAAUCAGGUGGGAAUGAUCAUCCAUGAUGACGAGUCUCGUUUUAAAAGCAAUACUUUCAGUCUGCUUAUGAUGUGUUUUUGGUGUAUCGAUGACCUUAUCUACUCUCUGCUGUACACCUCCAAAGUGUGUCCCGCUAACAGACAAGACCAGCUCCGACUGGUCAGAGAAGGGGGAGGUUAAAAGAUCCACGCUUGAUGCUGACGGCCACAUGUUUAGGCAUCGUAGACUUCCACUGAGCAGCUACAUCAGUCAUUCGGAGGCAUCACGAACGCAGCAUCAACUGUCACUUUGUGCACAUGUGCAGAAUUCUCCUCCCUCCCCCUCUCCCCUUCCUCCCGCACAGGAUAUCUGCUACAUUUGCCCUUUCCUCACGCCAAAAUGAACUCUUGGCAAGGACUCAAGAGCAUCACCCUCCCCUCGACAGUCACACCAACUGUGUUAGACUCCAGUGGUGAAACAGGAUCCUAUGCAUUUGUGCAUUGUGUGUAGUUCGUGUGUGACGCAGCAGUGCCAUCUGUCGUGAACAACCUGUAACUGCCACCCAGUAUUAGUGCUCCAACAUGAACUUUCAUCCAAUUAUGUGCUGUUUUUGUUCAAGCUUUCCCGUUCCCGCCAUACUGUCCCCUCCCCACCCAGUCGCACAACUCAGUGAACCAGCCAGCCUUUAAUCUUCAUCGUUUCUUUUUCUUGCUCAGUGGAAACUUUUUUUGUUAAAGUAAAUAAUCUAGAAAAGUCUGAUUAUAUGUAGAAAUAGAGUAAUUAUAGAGAUUUUACCAGAGAUAUUAUAGUUAUCUGUAUCAUAAUGAAGUACUAUUAUAGAGGAGACUAGAUGAUGAUAUUGUUAUGGGGAAAUGCUUUUUUGUUUCUUUACCUGGUUUUAUCAUGUUUUUAAGGUACAAGAGAAAAUAUUUAAAACAAAACACCUGAGUGAGCUUCAUCUUCUUCUUACUGACAGUGACUGGAUUACUAUUUAAGUUUUUAAGGCCUUCUUUUUUAUUUUUUAAUACAAAGUCUGACAGUUACAUUAACCAGGCCUUCUCAGGGGAUGAAGAAAGCUUAACAUCCAGUGAGGGUAUUCCUACGUAGCUCCAGAGGGCAAGGAACGCUGUACGCAUGGAUGGAUCGGUGAGGAAUCAUUGAAACACUCACAUUGAUGUAAAGUAGAGAGAAAACAGGAUCAGUUUUUUAAAAAUAAAGCCUUGAAAAUGU